AUGAAAAGUUUGCUAGUAGCAUUGUUCACUGCCGUCUCUGCCGAGACCAUUCUUGGUUCGUUCGUGUUCGUUCGCCAUGGCGAUCGUCUGAAGAAGCCUACUACCUAUCUGACUCCUUUGGGAGUGUCUGAAGAACAGGAUGCUGGCACUUACUUCCAUAAUCGAUACUUCAAUACCUAUCCUAUAAACGGACUGGAUGAGGUAUACAAAUCUAACCAGGUCUCGGUUAUGGCUGCCGAUAGUGAUGUUUUGAGUAAGAGCAGCCAGGCCUUUGUCCAGGGCCUGUACCCUCCUGUUGGUUCACGUGACGCUUCGGAGGUUCCCGGUGCCUCUCUCGCUAACGGUACCACAGAUGAGACGCCGUUCAAUGGCUACCAGUAUGUUUAUGUUGAAGGCGUGAAUAUUGAUGGCCCCGAGUACUGGACCAUUGAUGGUAACACGAACUGCCCCGCUUACACUAAUGCCAGUGCCAAGUACUACGAGUCCGACGAGUUUAAGGCAUUGAAUCAAAGCACUCUUGAUUUCUACCAGAGUUUGUCCAAAUACACAGCCGGCUCCCUCCCCAAUUCGAAGCUCAACUAUGGUAAUGCUUACACGGUGUUUGACUUUUUUGAGGUCAACUACUACCAUAACGAAACUUUCUACAACAUAAUUAAGAACGAUAUGGCCGUUUUCAAUCAAGUCAGAUACUACCAGGAUGAGUACUCCAAGUCUUUCAGCUACAAUGCGAGCAAUUCCAUCGUUAUGGUUGGUGGUGCCUCAAUUUUGAACACUGCCGGUUCUUUCAUCAAAUCUAUCACAAACACUUCUAGCCCUGAGCGUCUGAGUGUUAUCUUUGGUUCCUAUGAUUCUUUCUACUCUAUGUUUGGGCUUUUUGGCUGGAUGAAUCUUGACGAGUCCAAGUUUACUGGCCUCGUUGACUACGCUUCUGCACUCGCCAUUGAGCUGAUCACUGAUGACUCUAAUAACCAGUACGUUCGUGCUGGUAUUCGUAAUGGUACAAAUGUCACCCAGGACUCUCCUGAGCUUGAGUUUUUCCCGGUCUUUGGCAAUAAUGAAACCACCGUUCCCGUCGACCAGUUCUUGAAGGGCAUUAGCAACGUUGCAAUCGCCAAUAUCUCGGAUUGGUGCACCAUCUGUAGUGGAACAAUUGAUACUUGUGCCAAGCUUACUUUGACUUCUAAGGUCGCUGAUCUGGAGAAGGACAACAAGUCUUCUUCAAACCUCUCGUUGGCUGACGCCGGUGGAAUUGGCGCUGGUGUCACAAUUGGCGUUUUCCUUAUCUUGGGUGCCCUUGGUUACAUGCUCUACCGUAUUCUUGGUCCCAAGCCACGCAACGAGAGACUUAAAGACAUGGAAUUGGCUUCUUCUAAUAGUACCGUAGUCUAG